AGGUCUUCUUUGUCGCAUCUUCCUCUUUAUGAUGCGCCAAAUGUUUUCUAUGGGUGAAAGAUCUGGACUGCAGGCUGGCCAUUUCAGUACCCGGAUCCUUCUUCUACGCAGCCAUGACGUUGUAAUUGAUGCAGUAUGUGGUCUGGCAUUGUCAUGUUGGAAAAUGCAAGGUCUUCCCUGAAAGAGACGACAUCUGGAUGGGAGCAUAUGUUGUUCUAGAACUUGGAUAUACCUUUCAGCAUUGAUGGUGCCUUUCCAGAUGUGUAAGCUGCCCAUGCCACACACACUCAUGCAACCCCAUACCAUCAGAGAUGCAGGCUUCUGAACUGAGCGCUGAUAACAACUUGGGUUGUCCUUGUCCUCUUUAGUCCGGAUGACAUGGCGUCCCAGUUUUCCAAAAAGAACUUCAAAUUUUGAUUCGUCUGACCACAGAACAGUUUUCCACUUUGCCACAGUCCAUUUUAAAUAAGCCUUGGCCCAGAGAAAACGCCUGCGCUUCUGGAUCAUGUUUAGAUAUGGCUUCUUCUUUGACCUAUAGAGUUUUAGCCGGCAACGGCGAACUGGUGGAAUGGUGGAUUGUGUUCACCGACAAUGUUUUCUGGAAGUAUUCCUGAGCCCAUGUUGUGAUUUCCAUUACAGUAGCAUUCCUGUAUGUGAUGCAGUGCCGUCUAAGGGUCCGAAGAUCACGGGCAUCCAGUAUGGUUUUCCGGCCUUGACCCUUACGCACAGAGAUUGUUCCAGAUUCUCUGAAUCUUUGGAUGAUAUUAUGCACUGUAGAUGAUGAUAACUUCAAACUCUUUGCAAUUUUUCUCUGAGAAACUCCUUUCUGAUAUUGCUCCACUAUUUUUCGCUACAGCAUUGGGGGAAUUGGUGAUCCUCUGCCCAUCUUGACUUCUGAGAGACACUGCCACUCUGAGAGGCUCUUUUUAUACCCAAUCAUGUUGCCAAUUGACCUAAUAAGUUGCAAAUUGGUCCUCCAGCUGUUCCUUAUAUGUACAUUUAACUUUUCUGGCCUCUUAUUGCUACCUGUCCCAACUUUUUUGGAAUGUGUAGCUCUCAUGAAAUCCAAAAUGAGCCAAUAUUUGGCAUGACAUUUCAAAAUGUCUCACUUUCAACGUUUGAUAUGUUAUCUAUAUUCUAUUGUGAAUGAAAUAUAAGUUUAUGAGAUUUGUAAAUUAUUGCAUUCCUUUUUUAUUCACAAUUUGUACAGUGUCCCAACUUUUUUGGAAUCGGGUUUGUAAAUAUUGUGGGAAAAAAAUCUGCCAUAGUCAUAGGACAAAAUAUUCUAUACAAAAUAUAUUACAAAUAUGUUCUCUGAAAGUCUAAAUAUAUUCUUGUUGCUUCAAGUUAAUUUCUCGUUUCAAGAAUUUUUAGAUAUUUUGAAAAACAUUUACACAAAAAUACUAUAAAUAAAAUAUAUACUGUGUUGCUCUAUUUUUUCAUUUUGGUUUCUGAUUUUAGAAGGUGCAGCAGACUAAAAAGUAUUCCCUAAUAUUAGUCGUAAACUGCCAAGACAAUUUAAAUAUUCAUUAAAAUGUCUAGAAAAAGUGAUGAACCAGCGACAAUAAGAUUUAUCCUCAACAUAAGAUUUUAUAAAUAAGUUUUAAUACUAAUUCACCUAACCACAGUAAAUGUAUCAAGUUAUUUCUCUUCAGCCGUAUUUCAUCUAACAAAACAUCUACAGCACACGACAUGCAAAUAUUCAAAUAUUAACUGAAUAUGAAAUGCGUUGGUUACACAUGUGCUUGAGUGAUAAAGUUUCAGACACUGUUGACAGCUCAUCAAAGAUCAACAGGAACUCUCUGAGCACAGCCUUCCUGGAAACACAACACACUCCUACACACACACACACACACACACACACACACACACACUCCUACAGUGAUCUGAGACCUGCAUCCAUGUCUGAUAGCCAGGGGCAACGUCACAGCAAAAGUUACUGAUAAAGCCAUUAGUCAUGGUGAGUACUUCAACAUCACCGGCCCUAUGAGCCAAAUGUACUUUAUGUGUUCAGGGGAGAACAAUGGUACAUAUCGGCCUAAACGUUAUACAGUGAGCUCAAAAUAUACCUUUAAAAUACUGCCUUCAGACAACACACAGCUGAAUGGGUAAAACAUUAACUAACAGAUAUCAUCAGAUUAGGAAUUCCAAAAAAAACAAAAACAAAACUUACUGAAAAGUUGUUUAAAUAUGCAAAUUAGGCAGUAUGUAAUUAAAUAUGCACUCAUUUGCAUUAAAUUCCCAAACAGAAAUGUGAACAUUGGAUAAAGCCAGUUUCAAAAUGUUUGUUUCAUACUGUUUACAUAUUAGAGUCAAAGGUUUAUACAGAGAGGAUUUUGGAUGCCUAUUUUUAUCACUCCUUCAAUGUGAAAGUAGUCAAAAGUGCAUGAGAAAAAACUCAUUUUGAGAAAAAGGCCUGUAAAGAUUUGUAUUGUACAUGAAAUCUACAGACACAAACAGAUAAAAUGCCAUAAAAUAAACACCUAAAAGUAUAUUUUGGAUGUUUUCUUUCCACUAGUCUGAAACAACAUGUUAUGAAAAGCCAAACAAUCUCAAAAUUGACCAGUGCAUGUCUUGCCUUAAAAAAAUAGUAUAACUUAAGUAUAAUACCUUACAUUGCAAAAUUGUCAACAUACCUGUUAUUCCCAAUCAUCACAAGUGAGCACCGCGACAUCCAUCGAUGUGCAGCUUGGACUGAUGUAGUUUUGUCAUGUUGCAUAUAUAAUCUGUUAAAUUCAAUAUUCCAUGAAACCAAAUGCAUUUUGUUUGAAUUUGGCUUUGAUUAUUAAAUGAAAGAUGCCACUCACUCAAAUUAGUUUGUCAGCAUAAAGGGAAACGCACAAGGACUCUGACUAGAAGUAGCUUGAAUCUGUCAUAUGCAGAGAAGAAGAAAUGUGGUCAAAAAAAUUGAGACUCCACAGUAGAAAAUUCCAAAAAGAAAAAGAGAACUUGAUGUACUUAAAUUAACCAAAAAAAAAGAAACGGGGACACACUUAACGAUUGUAAGGCUGAUUAUGAGUGUAAUUUGAUACUUACGACCGAUCAUGCUCAAACGCACCGAGUCAGAGCCAGUUGCGUUCAGUUGGUGUUUGUUUCAAUUCCGUGUGUAAGUAUUUAAAUCUGCUACAGUCUUUGUGUGUUGAGCUCAGUCUUAGAAUGUUUUAGCUAGUCGUUAAGUGUGUCCCAGGCUUAAGUGUGUAAUGUCGCACACUCUAAGAAAAGGUUCUAUAGAACCUUAAAGGGUUCUGUCUGGCGCUUCAUUUAUAGAACCUUUUCAGGGUUCCCGUCAUGGGAUCAUCUAAUGGAUUUAGUUUUAAUAUAUUUUAUUUAAAUUCAUUUUUUAUUUCAAUUAAAUUUUAUGAAUUAAGCAGCUCAUAAACAUACUUUAUGCACUAGAAAAAAAUUGAAAUUAAACAUGAAAGACAUUUUUCCUUAUACAUGUAGAACCUUUUUUGGCACAAAACUCGCCUCUGGCUUGCUUAGUUGGGGACACUUGACUUGACAUUUGAUAUUCAACAGUGCUUUGAUCUGCCUGCAUUGACACUAUUCUUUAAGAGCUGCUGUGCAGCCAAACAAUGUACCAGUUAUCAAUGUAAAGCUGCUUUGACACAAUCUACAUUGUAAAAAGCGCUAUAUAAAUAAAGGUGACUUGACUUGACUUGACAAAACCUUUAAAAUUAAGUCAAGAACCGUAGGAUUCUAUAUAGAACCACACUGAACCUUUUUUUCCUCAAAAAAAGUGCAGCUUUCAUUACAUAGUGGAGGGGGAGGGGCUAUCAUACUCCAAUGUUGAAUGAAAAAAUAACCGUAUAAAAUUCAUACACCACACGGUUGAGUACAUUGUGAAGCUAAGCAUUUAAAAACUAGCGAUUCACACUACAGUCUCCGUGUUCACGGCAUCCCAGACACAAAUAUUUUAGUGAUUUAUAAAAGAUGAAUCACCGGGAUUUCGGUAUAGAGAUAAAGGGUAGGAUUAUAAUUUUUUUGGUAGUAUUACAUCACGUUAUGAGUGUAUAUUAGCACAAUUUGUUGUUUUCUUGGGGCAUCUGGUAGAGCGUUUGGUCCCGGAAACGGCGACACAUGACGUCAGACUUUGGCGCACAAAUGCAUAUGUGUGCAGGUGCCUAGUGCUUCUUUACAAAGUGAUAUCACCAACUACUGGCCUGGCAUGAAUAAUACAGCAUUUUUAGUCGUUUUCGAGGAUCUGUGUGAACGGGGAUUGCUUUGACAACUCUGUCAUAUGUACAAAGUUUUUUUUGUUGUGUAUACGUACCCUAAGGCCGCAUCAGAUACAUUCUUCUCUGAGAAGACAAUCCCAUAAUGCAUUGCGAUGGGCUAAAAAAGCAACUUAAGAUGCUAAACAAAGUGAGAAAAACAUUUAAAAUUAAGUUAAGUUAUAAAUAAACUUAUACACCAAAAGUAAAAUAAAAAUAAACGAAAAAUUAGACCAUUUCACCAUUUUCAGCAUUAGUGCACGCUGCUAACAACAUAACAACUCCAAGCUCUGUUGAAAUCAAUUGUGAGUUGAGUCUCUAGGAAUGCUAGUUGUAUGACGCAUGAAGCUGCUGGCAAUCUAGAGCGUUCCAAAUCAUUCAAAAUGAUACAUAGUGAGCUGUCUUACAGUCUACAUAUUUGGCUUUUAAGUUGUUUGGAAACAGAGCAACAUUUCCAAAGCCCAAUGGUUAUUGCUUUUUCUUUAGCAUCUGCUCAUGUCAGACCUUUUACGAGCUCAUAUAAAUCAACAGGGGCCAGUUAGCAGAUACAAUGAAGAUAACUGCUAUCAUGUCUAUUUUAGUUUAAGAUUCAAAAUAGCUGCUAUCACUUUUGUAAACAACCAGUAUCAUCAGUAUUAGAAACAUUUUACUUCUCCUAUAUACCUUAUUCUACACUGGUGAAAGGCAUUUGCUAUCAUACACUACCAUUCAAAAGUGUGGGGGCAGUAAGAUUUUUUUAAAAUAAAUUAAUAAUUUAAUUCAGCAAGGAUGCAUUAAUCUGAUCAAAAAUGACAGUAAAGACAUUUAUAAUGUUACAAAAGAUUUCUAUUUGCAAUAAAUGUUGCUCUUUGGAACUUCCUAUAAAUCAAAAAAAAAAAAAUUGCAUUAUGGUUUCCCCUACAAUAUUAAGCAGCGCAACAAUUUUCAACAUUUUCUGUUUCUUGAACAUUAAAUCAGCAUAUCAGAAUGAUUUCUGAAGGAUCAUGUGACACUGAAGAGUGGAGUAAUGAUGCUGAAAAUUGGUAAUCAUAAGACUUUUUUUUUUCCAAAAACAAAAAAAUCUUUCCAUCCCCAAAUUUUUGAAUGGUAUAUGAGAAAUUUUAACUCAAAUUCAAAAUGAUUACAAAGUUACAAACACGACGGACAAAAUUAUGCACUAGGCAACUAUCACAUUUUCAUUUAUCCAUUUAGCAGACAUAAGGAACAUAAGCAAUUUGUCAUAAGAGCCAACAAUAUUCAUAGCACACAAUGCCAAGUUUAAAGUAUAAGAUAGAUUAGCACAUGGAUGUAUCCACUAUCUGUGGCAUAUUUUUAAAAGCGUGGCCUUCAGAAGCAAUCCUAUCGUGUACGGCGGCAAUCUGAAAAGGAUGUAAUCUGCCGACGCUAUCUCUCCAGCAGUUUGUAAAUGGACUCUAAAGACAAGCCACAGCACCAUGUGACCAAUGUGAAGUGGCCGGCACGGUCCCAAGCGGAGGCCUUAUCUCUGAAGGAGAAAGGGAUGGCUGGGAGCAGUGAUGGCACCUUCGCUCUCUGGCCAGAGCUGUAACAUGAAAACACCCGUCCUUGCUGGCAACAGAGCUAAAGUGGAUCUAUUUCAGGUGCUGUACUUCAGGAGGCCAGCGCGUAGAGACAUGACAGAAUGGACGCUGCUCAAGCGGCUGCUGGACGCCGUGCACCAGCACUCCACCAUGAUCGGACGCCUCUGGCUCACGGUCAUGGUGAUUUUUCGCCUGCUCAUCGUGGCCGUGGCGACUGAGGACGUCUACACGGACGAGCAAGAGAUGUUUGUCUGCAACACCCUUCAACCGGGAUGUCCCAACGUCUGCUACGACGCCUUUGCCCCCAUCUCUCAGCCUCGAUUCUGGGUCUUCCAGAUCAUCACGGUGUCGACGCCUUCUCUAUGCUUCAUCAUCUACACCUGGCACAACUUAUCCAAGCAGCCAGAGGCCGAGCAGACGAGGGAAGCGUACGACCGCAGCUGCGAUUCGGAUAGCUGCUCCAUCAAGUCGCACAAGCACUUGGGUCACAGUCUUGCCGACGUCCUCGAAGGGAUCGCCAACCAGAGCGCCCAGAAAAGCUCGCAGGCGUUGCGGGAGAUGGGCGCUCCAUCCAAAGGCUCCUUGGGAGUCCUUUCAAAGUACUACAUCUUCCACGUGUGCUUCCGUGCCGUGCUCGAGGUCGCUUUCGUGGUGGCGCAAUGGCUCCUUUUCGGUUUCCACGUUCCCGCUCACUUCGUGUGCACAGCUUCUCCUUGCAUGCAGAGGGUCGACUGCUACGUCUCACGUCCCACCGAGAAAACCAUCUUCCUGAUCUUCAUGUUUUGCGUGGGUGUUUUCUGCAUCUUCCUCAACUUCUUGGAGCUCAACCAUCUGGGCUGGAAGAUGAUCAAGAAGUCGAUGCUCAUCAAGGACAGCUCCUGGAGGGGAUACGGCACUAUAAACCAAGACUCGCAGUCCAUAGCCUCUCUGACUUUCAGAGACGUGACCAGCACCACCUCGCUACCUACCCUAGAUCUGGUAGUGGACCACCAGCCGGACUGGAUCUGUGCUGGGAACUGCUCAACGAAGAAAGACAAGGACACCUACAGAGGAACGCAAUCGCUCAAGGGGAAAUCGCAGCCGAGCAAAGAAAGAAAAUCAAAACAAAGGAGCACUGAGGUUUGGAUAUAAACUCAAUUAUGGACAAUAUGAAGAGUCAUAAAGGAUUAGUUCACUUCAGAAUUAAAAUUUCCUGAUAAUUUACUCACCUCCAUGUCAUCCAA